AUGAGACCUUCCAAUUUUGCGAGUCCUGCUUCAAACUAUGACCGUUUGGCAUCAACUCCCAAUCUCCGCCUCCGCCAAGCCUCCGCCGCUUUUGGAUUGGAUAUUGAUCCAUAUCACCGGACACCGCCUAACCUCCGCCAACAAACAUCUGGGAUGUUUCGUCCUGAAGAUUCCACUGAUGAGCCUAAUUAUCGUUUGGUUCUAGAUGAUGACAUCCAGUCCACCUCCAAUAGCACUCAACCGGAGGUGGAUUCUAGGUUGGGGCGUGAAGAUAUUGGGGUGGAUCAUUCUGUGGUGUUAGAAUGGAUCAACUCCUUUGGCGACAAAUUUGGCCUCACUCUGGAUGAAAAGGCAGAGGUUGAAAUUGUGUUUAAGCAAUCCAACAACGUGGCUCGUGAAAUAGCCACAAUGUGCUUUUAUCAAUCUCAAUUUGCCAAACUGGAGAAAAAAAUAGAUGAGCAAACAGUUAACAUCCCCACCACUCCCAUCACCACAGGAGUCAACCUCCCACAACUUGAGUUCCACUUUAAUACCAGUGUGCGAAGUUACAUUUGGGAGCAAGUCAAAGAAGCCCUAGUCGGAAGUGCGAUACAGUCGUAUGCCACCAACUUUACCAGCUCCAACGAACCAAUUCUGGAUUCUUUCGAAAAUCAUAUGAUAACAAUCAUCCUUAACGAACGAACCAAGGUACCCGACACCAACCUGCCUGAAGGUUUUCGAGCUAGUGAUCCUACCGCGGAUACCCAGGUGCGGAAGGUUGUUAAGGAGAUAGGCAAGUCGGAAAGGAACAAGUUUCAAAAUACAAAAUUACCCGAAAACCCAUCAAGAAAUUUGGGCCAACACAUUGAUUGCAGACAAAUCUCGGCUUGCCCUUUUGGAACCAUGUACCUUCUACAACCCAAAGACUCAACACAGCCACGCGAAGGACUUUCAAAAAACAAGUUUGAACGUUCGAUGUGGGAUCCAGUCGACGAGCGGUUGACAUGGAUCCGAAGUCUCAAACCAGAUCAUCAAAAGUUGUUUUACAAAUGGAUCAUGCACUACGAUGGGAAAAUCUUCACCGGGAACAACACUUUUGAGGAGAUUAAAAAAAAAGGCAACAUUCAUAUUCUUGACGCAGCCGAAUUUGGCAUGUGGAUCAUAGAAGGAUGUCCCAUCAAUUAA